CUUACCCCAAAGCAGGUACCACCUGGGUUUCUUAUAUUCUAGACCUCCUGUAUUUUGGUAAGGAUGAUCUAGAGUGCCAGACUUCCCAGCCUAUCCAUAUGAGAGUGCCAUUCCUGGAGUCAUGUUUUCAAAUUAUACCAUCAGUAAUUGGUGUGGAGAGAGUAUAUAACGCCAGGAGAAACAGGAGUGGGUGAGAGAGAGAAGUACUACUGACUGCUGCCCACGCUGGAAGUGUCGUGUUUUGUUUGCGGAGAGAAUUUGUGAUUGAUUUAUGACUGUUUUGUGCCUGUCUGCACACCUUUUCCUUUUUGCUGAAUUUGUUGAAUAAAGCAGUCAGUAGUCAAGCCGACCCUAUCCUCUUCCUUCCUAAACAUUGAACCUUGUUACAGUCAUCUCAAUUUAAAUGAUCUCAUGGAUGUGGCUGUUGUGGUUUGUGAUCAUAGGAGUAUCAGCUGCUGCAGUAAAUGUGGUUUGAAUUUGACAUAGUCCUUUUAUGUUUAACUGUUUUAAAUGCCCAUUGCCCGCCGUGCACAGUUGCCCUGUAGCCACCGGGGUGGCGGUGCCUCCGGGCUUUGGCCCAUCAUCGCUGCUUGCGGCUAUAUUUAUUCUUCUUCUUCUUCUCCAAAUGAAUCGCUUUUUUGAGGGCCUAAACAUGCUCGAAAACUCAUGAAACUUUGCACACGCAUCAGAAGUGGUGAAAAUUUACGUCUGUUAUGGAUCUCAGAAUUAGGCGUGGCAAAAUGGCUCGAUAGCGCCACCUACAAAAUUUCAACGGAGUGCCCCUCGCACUACGUUUCAUGUACAGGUAUGAAAUUCGGUACACACAUGUAACAUCCCAAUACCUACAAAAAAGUCACCCGGUACGAAAUCUGAAAACCAACAGGAAGUGAGAUAUUUAGAAUUUUCUCUGCAAAAUUUGUGCUGUUUUUGCCAUUUUCACACUUUGUACUUUAACGAACUCCUCCUAGAGCUUUAAUCAGAUCAACAUCAUAUUUGGUCAGUCCAAUCUAAAGGCCUUUGCGACGUUAAAUUGCGAAGAUCUAGAGUUUUUGCUGAAGGGUGUGUCCGUGGCAGCCUGACAAAGUUUGAUGUUUCGCCAUGGAACAGGAAGUUCUUGUAAAUCGGGUAUACAAUGUUGGAUCUGCCCCAAACUUCACAUGUUUUAUUAGAGUCCUAGCCUGAAGAUAUCAACAUGGCACUAUUCAGUGACAGUCAUAGCGCCACCUGUGGGCAACAGGAAAUUACAUGUUUUACACUGUGAUUAACUCCUCGUAGACAUUUAACCAGAACCACAUCAUAUAUGGUCAGUCUAAUCUUAAGGCCUUAGCGAUGUUAAUUUGCAAAGAUCUUGAGUUUUCGUUGAAGGGUGUGUCCGUGGUGGCCUGACAAAGUCUGAUGUUUCGCCAUGAAGGAGGAAGCUGUUGUAACUCAAGCAUACAGUGUCUGAUCUGCCCCAAACUUCACGUGUGAUGAAAGUCCUGGCCUGAAGACAUCUGUAUGCCAAUUUUCACUUAGUCAUAGCGCCACCUGCUGGCAACAGGAAAUGGCAUGCUUCACACUGUAAUUCUAUCCCAUGAACACAUUUCAAUAUGCCACAAAGUACCAAACAUACUAGAAACACGUUAAAUCAUGCAACACUCUGCUAAGUGCUAAUGUAUGCAAUUAACGCCACGAAACAGGAAGUUGUUGUAACUCAGGCAUACAAUGUCCGAUCUGUUCCAAACUUCACAUGUUUGAUAAUAGUCCUGGCCUGAAGUCAUCUACAUGGCAAUAUUCAGUUACGGUCAAAGCGCCACCUGUUGGCAGCAGGAAGUGUGCCACUUUGAAAUGACUUUUCCAUAAUUCUCUUGUAUUUUCUCGCCACUGUUCACUGUUUUCCUAAAGCGAACGGGUGGCGGUGAGCCCGGGUGCGAGGGCCCUUUCAUCGCUGCUUGCAGCUUUAAUUAUUAUUAUUAUUCUUUUCCAAAUAUUAUCGCAUUUUUGAGGGCCUAAACAUGCUCGAAAACUCACGAAACUUUGCACACGCGUCAGGACUGGCAAAAAUUGACAUCUGAUAUAGGUUUCAGAAAUGGGUGGGGCAAAAUGGCUUGACAGCGCCACCUAUAAAACUUCAACGGUGUGUGCCUCGGGCUACGUUUCACGUACAUGUACAAAAUUCGGUAUGUACGUGUACCGUCCCAUUACCUACAAAAAAAGUCUCUUGGAGCUAAGUCCUAAACACAACAGGAAGUCAGCUAUUUUGAAUUUCCUGUGCGAUUUUUUUGCUGUACGAGGCCAUUUUCAGGCCUCGUACUUUAACGAACUCCUCCUACAGUUUUAAUCCGAUCAUAUUCAAAUUUGGUUUGUGUAAUCAUAAGGCUUGUGCGACGCUAAAUUGCGAAGAUCUUGAGUUUUCGUAAAAGGGCGUGUCCCUGGCGGCCUGACAAAGUUUGAUGUUUCGCCAUGAAACAGGAAGUUGCUGUAACUAAGGCAAACAAUGUCCGAUCUGCCCCAAACUUCACACACUUGAUAAAAGUCCUGUCCUGAACACAUGUCCAUGCCCAUAUUCAGUUAUAGUCAUAGCACCACCUGCUGUCAACAGGAAGUGACAUGUUUAACGCUGUUAUGGUCUCCUGACAGCAUAUUAAAAUGUGCCAGCAAGUUCUAAACAGGCUAGCAACAUGCUAGAAAGAAUGUUAGCAAAACACUUAGUUAAGUGCUAAAGCAUGCUAUUAAUACAGUGUAAGAGGAAGUUGCUUUAACUCAGGCAUGCAAUGUCCAAUCUACCCCAAACUUCACACAUUUGAUAAGAGUCCUUCCCUGAAGACAUCUACAUGACAAUAUUCGGCUAUAGUUAUAGCGCCACCUACUGGCAACAGGAAGUGACGUUUUUAACAAUAUGAUGCACUAUUAGCAACAUACUAAAAUAUGCAAUUGACUACUAAACAUGCUAGAAACAUUCUAAAUCAUGCUAGCAACACCUAGCUGACUGCUAAAGCAUGUUAUUAUCGUCAUGAAACAGGAAGUUAUUGUAACUCAAGCAUACAGUGUCUGAUCUACCCCAAAUUUCACAUGUGUGAUAAGAGUCCUGGCCUAAAGACAUCUAUAUGCCAAUAUUCAGUUAGUCAUAGCGCCACCUGCUGGCAACAGGAAAUGGCAUGCUUUACACUGUAAUUCAAUCCCUGAAACACAUUUUAAUAUGCCAAGAAGUUCCAAACAUACUAGAAACACGUUAAGUCAUGCAACACUUGGCUGAGUGCUAAUGUAUGCGAUUAACGCCACGAAACAGGAAGUUGUUGUAACUCAGGCAUACAAUGUCCGAUCUGCUCCAAACUUCACCUGUUCGAUAAUAGUCCUGGCCUGAAGACAUCAACAUGGCAAUAUUCAGUUACGCUCAAAGUGCCACCUGUUGGCAGCAGAAAGUCUGGCACUUUGAAAUGACUUCGCCAUAAUUCUCCUGUAUUUACUCGCUUACAUGCAUGUUGCCCAAUGUUCACUGUUUUCCUGAGGCUAACGGGUGGCGGUGAGCCCGGGUGCGAGGGCCCUUUCAUCGCUGCUUGCAGCUUUAAUUAUAAAUGUAAUUACAGAAAUUAAUUACAGAUGUAAUUACAUGCAGGUGUUUUUAAAAUAUAAGUACAUGUAUGUACACAAUAAGUGCAUUGUAUCAAAUGAUUAAUUUAAAUGUAAGUACAUAGUAACUAAGGCCACUUAAUAUAAAGUGGAACCAAAGAUACAUACGCUCUACCGAUUCUUUCCGAAAACAGCUGAGCACCUGGAGGCGUGCCGUGUGAGCGGAUCUAAAGAGUGACGAGCACAUGCAGCUUUUGCGUAGCGAUCGUCUGCAAGCUAUCAAUGGUCAGCUAAACAAAUGUAUUUAAACACACACAAUGCACCAUCGCAUUAUCCCUGGAUAACUUUUGAAUCACUAUAAUGAAUAUAGCGUAUAGUGAAUGAUGAAUAAUGAAUUUAUGAAUUCACUACAUUCGUGUUGUUUACAUUAUAUGCACUUAGGCACCUAUUGCCAACAAAACAGACAUUUGAAGCAGUUUUACUUACCACCUGCAGUUCCAACUCAUGACUGGGUUUCAAACGAUCUUUAAAUCCAGCGUAGAACUGGGCCUUGCUUAUAAAACCAUAAGCACCGAUCCUGAGGGCUCGGGCAGUCACGGAAAAACACAAGAUAUUCUCCAUUCAUUUUAACCAAUAAAAAAGUGAUUGCAACUAUCAGUUUCUAUGGUUGUUUUAAUAACAAAUAUCGAGAGCGCAUCAAUGUAAUGUGUGAGCACAAAUCUCACAGCUCCAAUUAACACUGGGUCCUUUAGGAAGCAAGGUUAUCUUUCCCUCACAACCAAAAACACACUUCUUUGGUGACAUUCUUGAUUUCAUGAUAAAUCUUUCUCGAGCAAGUCCUGUGCAGGGCUGCCGACAACUUCUGUAAAGCUGAACGCACGUUGAUGGGUGUGCUCUUGCUCUCUCGCUCUGGUCGACGUGUGCGCGCGCCCUUCCAGGAGAAGUGCCCGUACAAGGAAUUCUGACCUUAAUGACGUUACAAAGGCCCAUACUCAAAAAAAAGAUUGCGAAGUUUAUGAGGAUUUGGAAGAGAAUUUUUGGCACAGAAAUACUCUGUCAUACGUCCAACUCAUGUUUUGAAACUUUGGCCAUGUUUAGCAUUAGAAUCCAACUCUUUAACAGUGUAAAUAAGAAUACAUGAAAUAGCAUUAUAUGGUCUUUUCUUUUGGAAUCUUCCUUUUUAAGGCCCUAUAUAGUUCAGUCCCAUAGAUAUUGGUACCCCAAUGUGACUCCAUAUACAAAUUGUUGGAUUUUACCCAUUUUCGAUGGUCAAGAACCAAAUGUAGGUAACUUUUUAAACAGUGUUAUUGUGUUUAAAGAAUGUCUGAAGAACAAAUAACACUGAAACUAGAAAUGUAUCUUUUUUCCCUCUAUCAAAACAAUUGAACACAACACACCUCUCUGAGUUCGGAGCAUAUUUCCAAAGUUUACAUGUCUUUAAUUCAAGAAGUGUUAAAGAUAUCUUAAUGUCAUUUUAGAUUCAUUUUAGAAAGUUCAUUAAGAACCAGAAUCUAAAAGGAUAUUAAGAUGCAUGCAAACUAAGAUGCAUGCAAACUUGAGGCAAAAAACACAAGUGCUUUUUGCCAUUUUUGAACUGUCACUGUUGGCAUAUAAUGCAACAAAGAUUGCUAAACUCAACAGAUUUUACUAAUAGACCUAUCAAUCUCUGUGUAAAAAAAAAAAAAAAUAAUGAUGCUGCCAUCUUUCUAAAGUGAUUUUUACCUGCUGAUUUUACUAUCAGCAGGUACCGAAUAUACCUGGUACUGCAGAAUUUUUUUAAUUUUUUAAAUUUCAUUACCAACUUGGUACUGAAGUACUGUUACUUUUGACAGUCCUAGUAGGUACUAAAAACUGCAUACCAAGAACACCCCACAAGAUCUGCCAUUUUUAAGAGGCUGUGACCCAGCCUUCUAGCCGUCAAUAUUUGGCCCUUGUCAAAGUUACUCAGUUCAUUUCACUUGCACAUUUUUCAUGUUUUCAACUCAUGAAAUUCAAGAACUGACUGUUCACUCCCUUUGUAAUACAUCCCACCCCUUGAACAGGUUGCAUUGUAAUGAUAUAAUCAAUGUUAUCCACUUCACCUCUCAGUGGUUUUAAUUGUUGUGGCUCAUCAGUGUUUGACUGAACCAAAACUGUUGAGUUGCGUCUGUAAUAAAUGUAAAAAAGGGUAUAAUUAGCUGAGUGGUGCAGGAGCUAAUGAAAAAUAUAAGUUGAUCGGACAAAUCAGACAAAACUUGAAGGCAAUCAGCAAGAGGGGGCAUAUGCACUCAUGAUAGAGGACAAGAGAGAGUGAGCAAGCGACACGUGUAGAAAGAAUGUAGAAAUAGAUAUUACUAAAGAGGAAAAGUUCAGAGGAAUAUAAUUGGAAAAAGAAGGGUUACGAUCAGGCAAGAGCUAGGAAAAGCUUUCUAGCACUGGAGAGACGUUAGAGAGUGGGAAAGCUUGAAAAUGGACACAGAGGUUGCUUUGUUUCUGCUCGAUACAUGAGUGACAUUGGUUUUGCUGUGUUUCACAGACCCAAGAUAUGCUUUUGUAUGCUGUUGUUGUAUCACAACUGAUUUAUCCAUACUUGCGCUAUAGUUGUCUGAUGCAGCAGCUGUUGGUCUUUACCUGUGUUGCAUAGCGUGUUUGUUAUUUUGGAGUUCGAAAAUAUGAAGGGAGGGGGUGUGUUUCUUUUGUGGUGUCAAUUUCAAAUAUCGGUUUCUCAGAAGUCGCUUACUGCACCUGUAACACUUAGAGUGGGACAUUGUCCUACUAACUGAUGGUAACAGAGGAAUUCACACUAGAGCAGCUUUCCCUCCCACCGUAUGGCUGGGGAUUUCUAGUUUUACAACUGUUCCCUUUCAAAGGCUACACUCUAAGCUGCGCUUUAUUCAGCGCUGUGGGAACAUCUUUAGUCGUGACCAGCUGUGAAUAUAUGUGUAAAACAACGUCAAUGAAAUUUACCUAUAUUUAUAGCCUUGCGUGACGUCAUUGGAAUGCGUCGUAAGCGAGGCUAUAAUUAGAUGUGCCACAGGUGCAUCAGCAGGUCUUUUGUCUUCAGAGGCCAUUCUGUGAAGUUGUGUGAACUGUUUAUCUCAAAGCAUCUAUCAUUUCUCUCUUUCCCUCUUGUCAGGAGUUAGAUUUGAUAGGCAGAGCGCAGAAAACUUUCUCUCAUCUGUUCCUCCUUUCACUCUGCAGUGCAAGUGAAAGUGAACGUUUCAUAUAUAUUAUGGAAACUUCACCCCGAGGUAGUGAAGCAGAUAUGGCUGAGAUUCUACGAAGCAGAGGUGGACCUCUUCGCCUCUCAACAGACAGCGCAAUGUCCCCUUUACUUCUCUCUGAGUCACCCAGCCCCCCUAGGUCUGGAUGCGAUGGCGCAUACAUGGCCUUCGAUGCGCCUGUAUGCCUUUCCUCCAGUUGCUCUGCUCCCAGGAGUUCUAGCCAGAGUUCGCCAACAAGGGACUUGCCUCUUACUGAUAGCGCCGCGUUGGCGAACAGAAUAUGGUUCUCGGAGAUAAUAUCUCUCCUCGAAGGCUCGCCUUGGGUGAUACCGAGCAGGAGGGACCUUCUGUCUCAGGCGCAGGGGACAAUUUUUCAUCCCCGGCCGGAGAUGUGGAAUCUUCAUGUUUGGCCCCUGAGGGGAACCAACUGAGGGACACAGGGCUUUCACCUGAAGUUAUCGAGACUAUUUUAAAUGCUAGGGCUCCCUCUACUAGAGCAAGUUAUACAUAACAAAUGGGGUGUCUAUGAAAGAUGGUGUACUGCACACAAUGCAGAUCCAGUAAACUGCCAAAUUGCUACAGUUCUGGACUUCCUGCAGGAAAAGUUAUCAACAGGUACAUGCCCCGCUACUCUCAGGGUUUAUGUGGCCGCUCUUUCGGCUUGCCACGCUCCGGUUGAUGGGGUGCCUUCAAGAACCAGGAUCCCUUCAUGGGACCUAGCAAUAGUCCUGGAGGGCCUGGUUGAAACUCCCUUUGAACCAUUAGAGUCAGUUUCUGACAAGCUGUUAACUCUAAAAAUGUUUUUUCUCAUGGCUAUAACUUCUCUAAAGAGAAUUGGGGACUUGCAGGCUCUGUCCGUUGUGCCAUCCUGCUUAGACUUUGCCCCAGGAAUGGUGAAAGCUAUUUUGCAUCCUCACCCUGACUAUCUGCCGAAGGUACCUUUCUCGACCUUGCAUCCAGUCAUUUUUGAAGCCUUCUGCCCUCCGCCGUUCACAACGCCGGAUCAGGAGAGACUUCACAGACUGUGUCCAGUCCGUGCUCUUCAGACUUAUGUCCACCGCACCAGCCAGUGGCGUAAGUCAGAGCAACUGUUUGUUUGUCAUGGCGGCCAUAACAGGGGUGCUGCCGUCACGAAACAGACCAUGUCACAUUGGGUGAGAGAUGCUAUUGCCCUUGCCUAUGAGGCGCGUGGUCACACUUCGGCAACAGGUAUUAGGGCUCAUUCCACCAGGGGAGUUGCCUCUUCUAGAGCUUUGGCAGGGGGCGCUCCCUUGCAACAUGUUUGUGAUGCGGCAGGUUGGUCCUCACCGCACACAUUCAUAAGGUUUUAUAGUUUGGAUGUUCAUGUUACUCUGGGCUCUCAUGUCCUUGAGUCGACAUCACAAGCUAGUGUCUAAGACUCUCUGUGCUUGUGACACACUUCACAGCCAGGGGGUCCGGACACACAGUGCAGCGGCGUGGGUAUUCUCAUUCCCACAGCACUGAAUAAAGCGCAGCUUAGAGUGUAGCCUUUGAAAGGGAACGCCCCGGGUUACUUCGCUGUAACCCUGUUCCCUGAAAAGGUGGGAACGAGAAGCUGCGCUUCAUUGCCGCACUGGGAUGUCCCAGGACUGCUCUUCAGACAAAAUAUCUGCUGAUGCACCUGUGGCACAUCUAAUUAUAGCCUCGCUUACAACGCAUUCCAAUGAUGUCACGCAAGGCUAUAAAUAUAGGUCAAUUUCAUUGACGUUGUUUUACACAUAUAUUCACAGCUGGUCAUGACUAAAGACAUUCCCACAGCGCUGAAUAAAGCGCAGCUUCUCGUUCCCGCCUUUUCAGGGAACAGGGUUAAAGCGAAGUAACCCGGGGCGUUAUAGUGGUUGUUAAGGUGUCAAGGGUAGUUUGUCAAUACCAAGCUAUAUGUUAAAGCAAGUAGCUUCUAAUGCAAAUUGGCUGGCCAUCAGACUUGGCCAUCAAGUCUAUUCAUUUAUUGAGGCCUACUGGUAAUCUACGAAGCAUAUGAUCACAAACAACCUCAGUAUAUGCUAUAUCACCUGGUUUACACUGCUUCAACUUCUCCAUUAAAGACAUUUGCUUAUGAUCUUUUUUUUUUUUUUGUUGCAAAUAGACAUUACAUUUAGAAAAUCCAUAGACCUCUUACAAGACCUCAAAGAAUUCUUUCUCACAACCUGAGACUGAUCUCAUUUUGAGCCUCCUAUCCUACUUUAUACCAUUCAGGCAUAUACCUUGACCUAAUGCAACACUGGGGCACUUCUAUCCACUCCUCAACCAUCAUAUUCAUGAAUAUAAGUCACACCACAAAUAAACAAUCAAUAAAAAUAUGAUAAACUUGCAUUGCCCCAGCAAAACAGAUAAUUUUUCUGUAUGUAUUCACAUACAGUAGCUCCUAUUUUGUAGUGACAUGAGAUCAUGUCUUGGCUGAGUGACACUGGGAAACAUUAAAUUUAGAACCACAUUUUUCCCUAACUU